CGAACGUAUAUAAUUAAUUCUGCAGUGACACCGCAAAGCCUUGAAUAUGUCAACUAAGAAAGUCUAUCAAGUAUUCGAAUGGCAUAUGUGCAAACCCCGACCCCGACAAUGUGAGUUUAGAUUGAUAAUACGUUAUCCAGUCGAGUGUCGGCAACGAGAUGUAAAUGAAACGAGACUGGAUGCAAGAGGACAAUAAGGGUUAAUCCCAGAUGACGCCGUCACCAACCCGGGUCAUUGAAUCAAUCAAAUCACCAAAUGCAUCCCGACCCCAAUUUACACGCCACUAGCUAGAAGCGCAUUUUACCUGCAAGCCGCAAUUAAACCCACACUAUUAUCCCACGUAUCGGGUACCCUGACCCUCACGAAAUCUCACCAGCCAUGGGCAAAGACGCCGCCGCGCCCAAGAACUGGCCACCAACACUCCCCUACCUCCAACAGCCCUCCUACGCGCCCCACGUAACCAAGGCCCAGCAGCAAAUUCUCCGUAUCCGGGACCCGGAAAUCUCAACCGAGAUCCCCCGGGACUUUCCGCGCGGCCCCUCGGCCCUCGCGAGGAUCAUCCCUAUCAGCGACCCCUCGCACCCCGCGCGCGGGCAAUCGGGGCUGUUUGCCGCGCGGCCGCUCCCGCCCGGUUCCCUCGUGCUCCCGUACUACGGGGUCGUGCACUCGUCGGUGCCGCCACACUCUGCAGCCCACGAGAAGUCGGAUUACGACUUAUGGCUAGACCGGGACGGGGCGCUGGCCGUUGAUGCAGAGCGCGCGGGCAAUGAGGCGCGCUUCGUGAAUGACUUCCGGGGGGUCGCGGCGCGGCCGAACUGCGAGUUUAGAGAGUGCUGGGACCUGAGGCGAGGGGAGAAGUGCAUGGCUGUCUUCGUUCUGCCAGCCGGCAAGAACGCGGGGAAGAAGGCUGCUGCGGGCGUUGCAAAGGGUGAAGAGAUCCUUGUUAGUUACGGGAAGGGAUUCUGGAGCAAGAGGAGAGAUGAGCUUGAAGAGGAAGGCGACGGCGUAGUUGACGAGGUUGCCUCCUGAAUGAAGGAACGCUACUAUCGGUAGUGGAGUUAAAAGCUCAGCAUUAGAGAGUUAUUAAGUCUAUCGACUCGAUUUAUGUUAAGAA